AUGUCUUUAACUAAUUCACCAUUUUCUUUUUCUUCAACAAAUGGAAUUGGGAUGUCAAGUAAUGGAUUAGGAGGAAUUGGUAUGUCAACGAAUGGGUUAGGAGGAAUUGGAAUGUCAACAAGUGGAUUAGGAGGAAUUGGUAUGUCAACGACUCAAUUACCAGGGGUUAGUUCAGAAGGAAAUUUUAGAAUAUCAAAUGGAACAUUAUUAACAGCUAAAAGUAUUGAUGUUUCAAAAACUAAAGUAGUGUAUAGAUAUUCAUUUAUUAAUGAUACACCAGAAAAUAGAACACCAAAUAAAUAUCCUACGUUAUUUGAAGCACCAUUAUCAGAAACUAUUGAAUCAUGUUUAUAUGAAGGAGUUAGACAAACAAAUGGAGAAUUUAGUAGUGUAGAAUGUACGAUUAUUGAUAAUGGGAAUAAAACAACACUUUCAAUUCCAAAGAAAAUUAUUGAUGAAUUUUGUCAACAUAAUAAAAUUAGUGAUAUUGAAACAGUAUCACAAUGUUAUCUAUUAAAAAGAAAAAAGGUAGGAAUUACAUUAAGUAAUUUACAAACACAUUAUCAAUUAUCUAUUAUUUCUACUCUUCUUAAAUUAAAAGAAAUAUUUGAAAUACCAAAUGAUCAAUUAAAAAGAAUUGCACCGAAACUUGCUAAAGAUUUAUUAAAUGAAAUAUUACAUAGAUAUGAUUGUGAGGAUGAUAUAUUAAUAAGAAAUUCAGCAUUUUUAUUAUUAUCAACAAUCUCAAAAAUUAUAUCAUUUGAUGAACAAGAUAUGGAAAAUAUUAAUAAUAUUCAAAAGAAAGCAGAAGAAUCAAAUAUGAUUGAAGUUAAAAUGAAAUGUUUUUAUUGUGUUGUUAAUUCAUUUAUUAGAUAUAAAAAUAAUGAAUUUCUUCAACCAAAUUCAGAUGGAACAAAUAUUGGAUUAUUAGAAGAAUUAAGAGAAGAUCCAUAUUAUGGAUUAUUAUAUGUAAUUGUUAUGAGACUUCAAAGACAAACAAAUAGUUUAGUUAAUUCAUUAUUAGGAAAACUUAUAAAUAAUUCUAAUGUAUUAACAGAAUUAGCAUUAACAUCAACAGUAUUUGAAGAUUAUGGAGAAAUUUGGUUAGGAUUUUAUUCACAAUUAAUAAUUUCAUUUAUUCUUACAAUUGAUGAACAAAAUAUUAAAGAUAUUUUUGAAUAUCAAUUUGAAUUUGGAGCAAGAUUAUUAGAUUGUGUUGUUAUUGCAAUACAUCAUUGUAAUAAAAAUAUUUCUAUUUGGAAACAACCAUUAUUUAGUUUUGUUGAAAAUAUUUUAAAAUAUGGAUUAAAUGAAAAAUGUAUUGGAACUAUAUUAGUAUUUCUUAUUUCUAUUUGUAAUUGUAAAGAAGGAUCAGAUAAAUUAAAUGAGAUUUUAAUAACAAAUAAUUCAACACCAUAUUCAUGGGAUGAAGUAUCAAAAAUAUUUAAUCAAGCAACAAUAAGAUUUGUUAAUAAAGGAAUGGUUGUUGAACAAACAGAAUGGGUUUAUUUAUAUCUUCAAUUAUUAAGAAAAAUAUUUAAAUAUAAUCCAAGAAUUGGAUUUGAUUUUGCAUAUUCAGAAAUAUCAUUUGCUUCAUUAUUAGGAGAAGCAUUAACAAGUAAUUUAUCUGUUAGAUUUAAAUCAGCAUGUUUAGAUUUAUUAAGUAUUCUUGUUGUAAGAAGUGAUGAUAUUGAACAAUUUUGGAAUUCAAUUAUUAAAAGAGCUAAUUUAUUUAAACAAAAUAGUACAUGGGAUAUAGUUAGAGAAUGUGAUAGUAAUGAUGGAUUAAUAUUAUUAUCAUCUUUUGUUAAAAUUUUUACUGUUUUACUUCAAAAUUUACCUCCAACAAUUGAAGCAGAUUUAGUUGAAAUUUCACCUAUUACAAAAUUUUUAAUUUCAGCAUUUAAUAAAUUACCAUCAACAUUAAAAUUUGUUUUAAAAGAAAGUGAACCAUAUAAAGGAAAUGAAAGAAAGUUUUGUUAUUCUAUUUCAAGAAGAUUUAUUAUAAUGUUUACAGAAUUAAUUAGACUUAUAAAUCGUAUUAUACCAUCUAAUUGUGUAAAAAAUUUAAAGGAUAUUCCUAAUUUACCAACAGAAUUAAUUAUACAACAUAUUAAUGAAUCAAUGUAUAGAACAACAUCAGGAAUAUUAAAUACUAUUAUGAAGAUAUUUUCAAUUUCAGCACGUGCUAUUGAAACAGAAAUUUGUGCACCAUCAUUUAUCAAAAGAAUAAGUAAUGAUAUUUUAAAAUUUUUAUUAACAUUUAAUGAUAUUUCAGAAAAUAUAAUAAGUAUUAAAAAUAAAUUAAUACCAAGUAAUGUUAUUAUUAAUCUUUUUGAACAACAACCUGGAUUAAUUUCAUUUGUAUUAAAAGCAGGAAUAAGUUUUGAAAUGGGAAAAGAUUGGUUAAAAAUAUUUGAAUUAUUAUUAGAGAAAAUGCCAAUUAUUAGAUUAAAUGAAGUUUUUAAACAAGAUCAAAUUUUUGAAUCAUUAUAUCAUAUUUUUAUUGAAGAUUUAGAAAUUGGAGGACCAUCUCUUGAUAUUGUUGCUACAUCAUUAAGAAGAAAUGGUGGAAAUGAAUUUGGAUUAAGAGUUAUGGGAGUUGAAAAAGGAGAAAAUAAUAUUAAUGAAGAAAUUAUUAAAUCAUUAAUUAAAUUAUUUGAAAAUGGAAAUCUUCAAAAUAAAUAUGUUAGUUCAUCAAUUAUUAAAUCAUUAUUAUAUAGUAGAGUAUCUAAUACAGUAAUUAAUUGUAUUGAACAAGGAUUUAUAUCAACAAUAUUUAAUAAAAUUAUUCGACCAUCAAUUGAUGGAGAUGAAAUUAUUCAUAAAAUCAAUUUAAUGUUAUUAAAUAUUUAUUAUUAUUAUAUUCGUAUUAAUCAAAUUCAAAUAAAUUCAGAUAAUAUUCUUCAAGUACUUGAUUUUUAUACAAUAUAUUGUCUUAAUAUUAAAGAAGAAUGUGAAGCAUAUGAAUGUUUUAAAAGUUUAUGUGGAAUUAUUUCAAUAUUAUCAAAUAAUAGUGAUAUUUCAAUACUUAAAAAAUAUAGUAAUAUUAUUAUUCAAUUAAUUAAAUUAGGAAAUUCAAUAACAUUAACACCAUUAGUAAUGACAUUAUUAACAUUAACAAAUUCAAUUGUAAAUGAUUGUAUUUUAAAAAAAGAUGAAAGAGAAAUAAUAUUAUUAUCUCAAAAUAUUAUAAGUGGAUUAAAUAUUUUUAUAAGUAAUCCUAUUGUUUUAAAUUGUACUUUAUUAUCAUUUGCAAAAAUGCUUGAAUUUGAAAAAUAUGAUUUACCAGAAGAAAUUAAAAAUAUUAUGCCAAAUUUACAAUUAAAUCAAGCUCAUUUAGUAAUACUUGCAUCAUAUAUUCAAUAUCAUAAUAUUCCUGAAUAUCUUUUAGCAUCAUUACCAACAUUAUUUUUAAAUGAAUAUGCAUUUCCUUUAUUACUUACUCUUUCUACAACAAAUAAAGGAUGUUUAUUAUUAUUAAGACAAGGAAUAUUUUCAGUUCUUCAAGAUACAAUUGUUCUUACAAAAAAUAAAUAUAUAUGGAAAAUAUUAAGAAAUGUAAGUGAUAAAUGUUCUCCAAAUGAUCUUAUUUCAAUUCAAGAACUUCUUCGAAUUAAACCAGCAAUUAUAUCAAUGAUUAAAUUCCCAGAAAGAUUAAUUAGAGGAUCUAUAGAUGGAAAUAUUAUAAUUAAUUAUACAUUAGAUAGUCUUGAAGUUCAAAGUGAUAUUAUUAGGUUUGUAGUUAAUGUUUGGAAUGGAAAUGGAGAUCAUCCUAUUAUUGGUGAUUUAUUAAGAUGGUUGAUUGAUAUUAGAAAUUAUAGUGUAAGAUGUAUUAAUCAUACAAAAAUUAAUAAUAUGGGAAAGAAAUUAUCAGAAGAAGAUUGUUAUAUGAAUGAUAUUAUGUCAAGUGCAUUUGAAUAUAUUGUUAAAGUUAUUAUUCAAAAACCAACAGAAAAAAUAUUUAGUAUAACAUAUAAUGAAUCUAUAAUGAUUAAUUUUUUAAGACAAUUAUAUUCUACUUCUCAAAGUAAAUUAGAAAUGGCAAAAGAUGAUUUUAAAAAAUUAGAAAAACUUCAUAGUGAAGAAAUUACUAAUAAAGAAAUGAUUGAAUUUGUUGGUGGAGAAAAAGAAAUGAAAAAACAAACUCCAUUAAAAAUUCAAUUUGAUCAAAUUUAUAAUAAAAAGAAAGUAAUAUUAUCUAUGACUAUUUCUGAAUUAAGUACGAUGAUUAAUACUUUUACACAAUAUUUUUCUUCAAUAAUUAAUUGA